GUGGGACAGGGGCUGGAGCGGCAGCACAGGCUGGGGCUGGACCUGGAGCAGGGGUUGGAGCUGGGUCUGCGGCUGGGUCUGCAGCUGGAGCAGAAGUUGAGUCAGGGGCUGUCACAGGACCUGGAGAAUCAUCCUCUUGUUUGGGGUUUGGCUCAUUGGGUGGCGUGACCAAAGAACACAAAAUCAAGAAUAAAAAAUAGAGAGGGUGUGGCAGUGUAGGAGUGAGGUGGUUUCUUUUGAUAGAUACACAUGUUGGGGCUAAUGCCCCCCUCUCAAUAAGCAUACAACCCCCAACACACACACACACACACCCGGGGGAUGCCUUUGGAAGAAACCAUAUACAGUAUGAGCCCCUGCAUGCCAUUGUACCCUGGGGUCAGACAAAGACCUGUGCACAUUACUAUAUGUUCCAUCUCUGUUCCAUGGACACACAUGGCAAAUUUUGGGCUGGGCAACCACCUUAGUGGGGGAAUUAUUGUUUAGAAAGGAUUCCCCGUAUUGUCUUACUUUCAUUCAAAUAGAGAGGACAAAAAUGCACACCCUAAACCUAAAUUGGUGAAGUACAACCUUUUUAGAGGGUUGGAUUAUUUGAAUGGUUAGUCGUGACAAAAAGUCCUAUAAUUGUUAGAAACAAGAGCAAUUGUGAACCUCAGCCGUGAUGUCUGUAUUUUUCACCCCUUUUCCCCUUCUUUCAUUUUCACUUACCAUUCUCUUGGUGCUCAUUUCUUGAAUAUUGCAUGGUUAUUUGUUAGUGAAGGAGGCCGCUAGAAUUCUUUACUCACUGUCCUUUGCUUGUCAUGGUAGAAGGUCCACUGGGAAAGAGACCUAUUUCAAUAAUGGAUGAGCUAAGAACCAUGGUCCAUCUGUGCUGAAAAAUACUUCUAAGUCAUUACUGUAUACAUAUGUCAUUUACAAAGGUACUUUUGGGUUGUUGUUUUUUUCUUUUCAGCAUGCAUUAUGUUUUUGUAUGAAAGACACUUCCUUGCCUUUUUACCUGUGUUCGCCAAAGGUAAUCUGCAUACCUCCCAGGUGAUGUCAUCCUCUUAUCUCGGAGAUGUAAGUUCAGUCAUCCCUUAAAUCAUUUGACAUUACUGCUGCAGAAAGCCCCAAUCACGCUCACUCGGGUGGGAAAAAAGGGGACAAACAGGUAAACAAGAAAGGUAGCCAGCUCUGCAGGGAAAUAAGGAAACAGGACAGAAAGAGACUACAUUUGCAUACACUCCUUACUUCACCAUGACUGUUUAGUGUGUGUUUGGAGAUCACCACAGAAAUGUCUGGAGCAUUUUGAGAACUGUUAAAGCCACUGUGAGGAUUUUGAUUGGCUUUUAAGUAAUAAUUUUGCUCAAGGAGGAUAUGGUUUGACAUGGGGGGUUGAUGAUGGACUAAGUAACCCUGAAAACUAGGCUAUACCAUUUGGGAGGUGGCCGUGAACUCUUAACCAUCUGCCAGAUAAGGAGGAAACACUUCUUUGCAUGAGAAGCUGAGACACUGCACGAGGGACCAUAAAGACCGAAUGAAACAUUACCUGCUUUGAGUAUGUUUACAAGGCAUAUAAACACAAGGAAUAUGGACAUCAAGUUGGUCGCCAUAUUUUUUAUCCUUAUUUGUAGUGUAAGGGUGGUAAGUGUAUUUGGGUUCAAAAUGUUGGUAUUUACAGCACUUGAGCUAAUGACUGUAGUAUUAUAUAGUUUGACGGUUAUGCUUGCAUGUCUUUUAUCUAGAGCAGGGUCUCCAGGACAAUCAUUAUGAAAAACCCUGAUCUAGACAAUACAUAAAUGAUGCUGCAUUAACGAUUUGAAAGAGUUUAAACUGUUAGCUAAAAGGAGUUUGAAUGUCUGUGUUUAUUAUCCGGUGUACAGUAUAUUGUGUGGUAAAAUGAAAAUAGUCAUAAAUACUGUAUACAUUAGAUGGACGGACAGACACCUGGUGAAAUGGAUCAAUGGUUUAAAUAAUGAAUUUCUGUCUGCCUUCUUGUGUCUGUCCGUCCGGUCUGUACGUCCAUCCGUCUUCCUGCCACUCAGAUCAGGACCACUCAUCCUGAAUGCUCCAUUGUCCUCCACCUCUUGGAGAAAGAGGGCGAGUGCAAACUCCAGAUGAGGAACACCAAGGCACUGUCCUUGUCAACUCCUAACAACACUACAGGUAGCUCUCUCUCCAAUGAGAAUGUUAGGCAUUCAUUUGUAGAAAAAAACAAAGGGGGACAUCUUUGCAUCUUUAACACCCCUUUGCAUUAUUUUAAAGAUACAUUCAUACAAAAUAACAUGUAAAACAAUAAUAAUAAAACAAUUGUGCAUUCUGCCUCAGUCUCAACCUGUUUUUUUUCUUUCCGCCACAGUUUACUGCUUGUUUAUAACGUUGUGUGGGAAAUGACAGGUUGUCUGGUGGAAUGGGAUGGUGUGAGCUGCUGGCCCACAGCCCUAAAUGGGGAGAGCCUCUCCGUGUCCUGUCCUCUGCUCCUCCUGAAGCCAGACUCUCCCCCAGGUACAAUAAAUACUCUAGAUCAGUGUCUAGGGGCAACUUCACCCAACUCAUAAUAUCAUCCACCAUCUCAUCCAAUUAAACAAUAUAUAUUUUAAAUCGGUGAUAUUUUCUUUACAGCUCUCAUCACACGCAACUGCACCCCCCAAGGAUGGAGUAAGCCAAGCUUGCCGUAUUACAAAGCAUGUUACUUUGAGGACAGCAGUGAAGAAGAGGAGGAGACUGGGAAUAAGGUAGAGUAGAGUUGGUAGCAUUGUAAGGUAACACUUUAGUAAAAGGAUAAUUUCACACACAAAAUCAUUAUUUACUAUUAUGUGAAGUGUACAUGUCAGCUGACAUAUUUUUUGUCAAAGUUUUAAUAAUAAUUAUAUACAGUUGAAGUUGGAAGUUUACAUACACUUAGGUUGGAGUCAUUAAAACACAUUUAUUGUUAACAAACUAUAGUUUUGGCAAGUCGGUUAGGACAUCUACUUUGUGCAUGACACAAGUAAUUUUUCCAACAAUGGUUUACAGACAGAUUAUUUCACUUAUAAUUCACUGUAUCACAAUUCCAGUGGGUCAGAAGUUUACAUACACUAAGUUGACUGUGCCUUUAAACAGCUUGGAAAAUUCCAGAAAAUGAUGUCAUGGCUUUAGAAGCUUCUGAUAGGCUAAUUUACAUCAUUUGAGUCAAUUGGAGGUGUACCUGUGGAUGUAUUUCAAGGCCUACCUUCAAACUCAGUGCCUCUUUGCUUGACAUCAUGGGAAAAUCUAAAGAAAUCAGCCAAGACCUCAGAAAAAAAAUUGUAGACCUCCACAUGUCUGGUUCAUCCUUGGGAGCAAUUUCCAAACGCCUGAAGGUACCAUGUUCAUCUGUACAAACAAUAGUACGCAAGUAUAAACACCAUGGGACCACGCAGCCGUCAUACCACUCAGGAAGGAGACGCAUUCUGUCUCCUAGAGAUGAACGUACUUUGGUGCGAAAAGUGCAAAUCAAUCCCAGAACAACAGCAAAGGACCUUGUGAAGAUGCUGGAGGAAACAGGUACAAAAGUAUCUAUAUCCACAGUAAAACGAGUCCUAUAUCGACAUAACCUGAAAGGCCGCUCAGCAAGGAAGAAGCCACUGCUCCAAAACCGCCAUAAAAAAGUCAGACUACGGUUUGCAACUGCACAUGGGGACAAAGAUCGUACUUUUUGAAGAAAUGUCCUCUGGUCUGAUGAAACAAAAAUAUAACUGUUUGCCCAUAAUGACCAUCGUCAUGUUUGGAGGAAAAAGGGGGUGCUUGCAAGCUGAAGAACACCACCCAACCGUGAAGCACGGGGGUGGCAGCAUCAUGCUGUGGGGGUGCUUUGCUGUAGGAGGGACUGGUGCACCUCACAAAAUAGAUGGCAUCAUGAGGAAGGAAAAUUAUGUGGAUAUAUUGAAGCAACAUCUCAAGACAUCAGUCAGGAAGUUAAAGCUUGGUCGCAAAUGGGUCUUCCAAAUGGACAAUGACCUGUCAGGAGGAAUGGGCCAAAAUUCACCCAAUUUAUUGUGGGAAGCUUGUGGAAGGCUACCCGAAGUUUGACCCAAGUUAAACAAUUUAAAGGCAAUGCUACCAAAUACUAAUUGAGUGUAUGUAAACUUCUGACCCACUGGGAAUGUGAUGAAAUAAAUAAAAGCUGAAAUAAAUCAUUCCCUCUACUAUUAUUCUGACAUUUCACAUUCUUAAAAUAAAGUGGUGAUCCUAACUGACCUAAAACAGGGAAUUUUGACUAGGAUUAAAUGUCAGGAAUUGUGAAAAACUGAGUUUAAAUGUAUUUGGCUAAGGUGUAUGUAAACUUCCGACUUCAACUGUAUGAUCAUCAUACUGGGAGCAUAUUUAGAUAAGACACAACAAAUUGGAUACAGCUACGGUUCAAAAUCUGCCGAAGGUUGGUUGCAUUUGGAUGUAAGACUUUGCUCAUGAGUAGUCAUUACAGCAAAUGAAUACAAAAAUAUGCAGGCAUGUUUAAUUUACAUUUUGUCAACUUGGGACCUUUGACUGUUAUUCGUGAGUAUGAUAAUACAUGUUUUAUUCUUUCUUCAAGCAAAAUUACUUUGCUACGGUGAAGAUCAUCUACACUGUGGGCUAUGGGGUGUCGCUGGCAUCUCUCUUCAUUGCCAUUCUGGUCUUCUGCAUCUUCAGGUGAACUUUUACAUUUCAGGAAAUAUAAGUCAUUCAGAACUAGAACUCAGAAUAGCACAUUGUGGUAAUACUUUAAAAAAAAAAGGUAUGUCAUAACAGUCCAGUUCAAAUAAAGUGAUCCCCAAAUAUUUGUGGUCGGUGACGCUGUAUAAUUGCUUCUGAAUAAGCUUCCUUUCCUCAUCUCCUUUCCUGGUAACAAUUAAUUUGAAGGUCUGCUGACUAUAAAUAUUAUGGGCCGGUUUCUUGGACACAAGUUAAGGCUUUGUAGACUACAAAACAGGUUGAAUGGAGAUUUAGCGUUAUAGGUGCCUAAAGGCUAUUCACAAAUAAAAAGGUGCAUGGACUGCGCUUACCCUCCACUAUAUCACGGGUUGUUACUUUUUAUUACUAAUUCAAUAACUAUCUAUAAAUGAAUAAUUAACCAUCUAUAAACUACUUAUAUACGCUUUAUAAAGCCUUCAUAAAGAUACGUCGUUAACAUGUUAUUUGAAUGGUAGACUUCAUGGGUUAUAAAUGUGUUAUGUAUAUCCUUUUGUACGUACCGUUCAAGUAAAGUGUUACCCAGUUGAGUCUGGUGUCUUCCACAGGAAGUUGCUGUGCAUCAGGACCUCCAUCCACCUCAACCUGUUUUCCACCUUCAUCCUCCGUGGACUGGCCGUGUUUGUGAAGGACGCCGUGCUGUUUGCAGAUGAGAGCAUGGACCACUGCACUGUCUCAACGGUAGGUACAACCACUGUGGCCACUGUAGAUUGUGGAAGAAAGGACAUCAGCAACAGAAAGUAGGCUUCACAGUAUCAUUAUUAUCACUGUAUCAUAUAGAACCAAGUUCACGUUGGGAAUUCUCCUUUAUCUAAAAAUCCUGCAAUGACCAGUGUCAUGUCUCAAAUUGAGGGGGUACAGUGGGGAGAACAAGUUUUUGAUACACUGCCGAUUUUGCAGGUUUUCCUACUUACAAAGCAUGUAGAGGUCUGUAAUUUUUAUCAUAGGUACACUUCAACUGUGAGAGACGGAAUCUAAAACAAAAAUCCAGAAAAUCACAUUGUAUGAUUUUUAAGUAAUUAAUUUGCAUUUUAUUGCAUUACAUAACUAUUUGAUCACCUACCAACCAGUAAGAAUUCCGGCUCUCACAGACCUGUUAGUUUUUCUUUAAGAAUCCCUCCUGUUCUCCACUCAUUACCUGUAUUAACUGCACCUGUUUGAACUCGUUACCUGUAUAAAAGACACCUGUCCACACACUCAAUCAAACAGACUCCAACCUCUCCACAAUGGCCAAGACCAGAGAGCUGUGUAAGGACAUCAGGGAUACAAUUGUAGACCUGCACAAGAAUGGGAUGGGCUACAGGACAAUAGGCAAGCAGCUUGGUGAGAAGGCAACAACUGUUGGCGCAAUUAUUAGAAAAUGGAAGAAGUUCAAGAUGACGGUCAAUCACCCUCGGUCUGGGGCUCCAUGCAAGAUCUCACCUCGUGGGGCAUCAAUGAUCAUGAGGAAGGUGAGGGAUCAGCCCAGAACUACACGGCAGGACCUGGUCAAUGACCUGAAGAGAGCUGGGACCACAGCCUCAAAGAAAACCAUUAGUAACACACUAGGUCCCCCUGCUCAAGCCAGCGCAUGUCCAGGCCCGUCUGAAAUUUGCCAAUGACCAUCUGGAUGAUCCAGAGGAGGGAUGGGAGAAGGUCAUGUGGUCUGAUGAGACAAAAAUAGAGCUUUUUGGUCUAAACUCCACUUGCCGUGUUUGGAGGAAGAAGAAGGAUGAGUACAACCCCAAGAACACCAUCCCAACCGUGAAGCAUGGAGGUGGAAACAUCAUUCUUUGGGGAUGCUUUUCUGCAAAGGGGACAGGACGACUGCACCGUAUUGAGGGGAGGAUGGAUGGGGCCAUGUAUUGCGAGAUCUUGGCCAACAACCUCCUUCCCUCAGUAAGAGCAUUGAAGAUGGGUCGUGGCUGGGUCUUCUAUCAUGACAACGACACGAAACACACAGCAAGGGCAACUAAGGAGUGGCUCCGUAAGAAGCAUCUCAAGGUCCUGGAGUGGCCUAGCCAGUCUCCAGACCUGAACCCAAUAGAACAUCUUUGGAGGAGCUGAAAGUCCGUAUUGCCCAGCGACAGCCCCGAAACCUGAAGGAUCUGGAGAAGGUCUGUAUGGAGGAGUGGGCCAAAAUCCCUGCUGCAGUGUGUGCAAACCUGGUCAAGACCUACAGGAAACGUAUGAUCUCUGUAAUUGCAAACAAAGGUUUCUGUACCAAAUACCAAGUUCUGCUUUUCUGAUGUAUCAAAUACUUAUGUUAUGCAAUAAAAUGCAAAUUAAUUACUUAAAAAUCAUACAAUGUGAUUUUCUGGAUUUUUGUUUUAGAUUCCGUCUCUCACAGUUGAAGUGUACCUAUGAUAGAAAUUACAGACCUCUACAUGCUUUGUAAGUAGGAAAACCUGCAAAAUCGGCAGUGUAUCAAAUACUUGUUCUCCCCACUGUAUGUGAGGGUAUGCAUUUUAGUCAUUUAGCAAAUGCUCUUAUCCAGAGCGACUUACAGUAGUGAGUGCAUUCAUUUUUAUAUUUUUUUAUACUGGUCCCCCGUGGGACCCUGGCAUUGCAAGCACCAUGCUCUACCAACUGAGCCACACGGGACACACAAUACCCCUUGUUAGCUUAAGAUUUUGAAAAUAAAUAAAACGGACCCUGAUAAUAUCAAGCGAUCUAUAACGAUGCUUAACUCUGUGAUGCUUUAGGCUAGAAACAACAUUUAAAAUCCAUGAGAAAGACGUGACUCUGAUCACAUACACAUAUUUAGCAGAUGUUAUUGCGGGUGUAGCGAAAUGCUUGUGUUCCUAGCUCCAACAGUGCAGUAGUAUCUAACAAUUCACAACAAUACACACAAAUCUAAAAGUAAAAGAAUGGAAUUAAGAAAUAUAUAAAUAUUAGGACGAGCAAUGUCGGAGUGGCAUUGACUAAAAUACAGUAGAAUAGAAUACAGUAUAUACAUAUGAAAUGAGUAAAGCAGUAUGUAAACAUUAUUAAAAUGACUAGUGUUCCAUUAUUAAAGUGACCAGUGAUUCCAUGUCUAUGUAUAUGGGGCAGCAGCCUCUAAAGUGCAGGGUUAAGUAACCGGGUGGAAGCCGGCUAGUGAUGGCUAUCUAACAGUCUGAUGGCCUUGAGAUAGAAGCUGUUUUUCAGUCUCUCGGUCCCAGCUUUGAUUUACCUGAACUGACAUUGCCUUCUGGAUGGUAGCGGGGUGAACAGGUCGUGGCUCGGGUGGUUGAUGUCCUUGAUUAUCUUUUUGGCCUUCCUGUGACAUCGGGUGCUGUAGGUGUCCUGGAGGGCAGGCAGUGUGCCCCCGGUGAUGCGUUGGGCAGACCGCACCACCCUCUGGAGAGCCCUGCAGUUGCGGGCAGUGCAGUUGCCGUACCAGGCGGUGAUACAGCCCGACAGGAUGCUCUCAAUUGUGCAUCUGUAAAAGCUUGUGAGGGUCUUAGGGGCCAAGCCAAAUUACUAAAGCCUCCUGAGGUUGAAGAGGCGCUGUUGAGCCUUCUUUACCACACUGCCUGUGUGGGUGGAUCAUUUCAGAUUGUCAGUGAUGUGUACACCGUGGAACUUGAAGCUUUCGACCUUCUCCACGUCGAUGUGGAUAGAGGCGUGCUCCCUCUGCUGUUUCCUGAAGUCCAUGAUCAGCUCCUUUGUUUUGUUGACGUUGAGGGAGAGGUUAUUUUCCUGGCACCACUCUGCCAGGGCCCUCACCUCCUCCCUGUAGGCUGACUCGUCAUUGUUGGUAAUCAGGCCUACUACUGUUGUGUCGUCUGCAAACUUGAUGAUUGAGUUGGAGGCGUGCUUGGCCACGUAGUCAUGGGUGAACAGGGAGUACAGGAGGAGGCUGAGCACACACCCUUGGGGGGCCCUGAGUUCAGGAUCAGCGAAGUGGAGGUGUUGUCUCCUACCUUCACCACCUGGGGGCGGCCCGUCAGGAAGUCCAGGACCCAGUUGCACAGGGCGGGGUUCAGACCCAGGGCCCCAAGCUUACUGAUGAGCUUGAAGGGUACUAUGUUGUUGAAGGCUGAGCUAUAGUCAAUGAACAGCAUUCUUACAUAGGUACUCCGCUUGUCCAGAUGGGAUAGUGCAGUGUGCAGUGCGAUAGCGAUUGCAUCGUCUGUGGAUCUAUUGGGGUGGUAUGCAAAUUGAAGUGGGUCUAGGGUGUCAGGUAAGGUAGAGGUGAUAUGAUCCUUAACUCGCCUCUCAAAGCACUUCAUGAUGACAGAAGUGAGUGCUAUGGGGUGAUAGUCAUUUAGUUCAGUAACCUUUGCUUUCUUUUGGGUUCAGCAGACUGGGAUAGGGAGAGAUUGAAUAUGUCCAUAAACACUCCAGCCAGCUGGUCUGCGCAUGCUCUGAGGCCGCGGCUAGGGAUGCCAUCUGGGCCGGCAGCCUUGCGAGGGUUAACAUGCUUAAAUGUCUUACUCACGUCGGCCAUGGAGAACAAGAGCCCACAGUCCUUGGGAGCGGGCCGCGUCGGUGGGACUGUGUUAUCCUCAAAGCGGGCGAAGAAGGUGUUCAGCUUGUCUGGUAUCAAGACGUUGGUGUGGCUGGUUUUCCCUUUGUAAUCCGUGACUGUCCCUGCCACAUAAGUCUCGUGUCUGAGCCGCUGAAUUGCGACUCCACUUUGUCUCUGUACUGACGUUUUGCCUGUUUGACUGCCUUACGGAGAGAAUAACUACACUGUUUGUAUUCAACCAUCUUCCCAGUCACCUUGGCAUGGUUAAAUGCGGUGGUUCAUGCUUUCAGUUUUGCACGAAUGCUGCCAUCUAUCCACGGUUUCUGGUUUAGGUAGGUUUUAAUAGUCACAGUGGGAACAACAUCCCCUAUACACUUCCUGAUGAACUCAGUGACCGUGUCCGUGUAUACGUCAAUGUUAUUCUCAGAGGCUACCCGGAACAUAUCCCAGUCCACAUGAUCAAAACAAUCUUGAAGCAUGGAUUCCGAUUGGUCAGCCCAGCGUUGAAUAGACCUUAGCACUGGUACUUCCUGUUUGAGUUUCAGCCUAUAGGAAGGGAAGAGCAAAAUGGAGUCAUGAUCUGAUUUGCCGAAGGGAGGGCGGGGGAAGGCCUUGUAGGCAUCCCGGAAGGGGGAGUAGCAGUGGUCAAGCGUUUUUCCAGCACAAGUACUUUAGUCAAUGUGUUUAUAGAACUUCGGUAGCGUUUUCCUCAUAUUUGCUUUGUUAAAAUCCCCAGCUACAAUAAAUGCGGCCUCAGGAUAUGUGGUUUCCAGUUUGCACAAAGUCCAGUGUAGUUCCUUGAGGGCCGUUGUGGUAUCGGCUUGAGGAGGAAUAUACACACCUGUGACUAUAACUGAAGAGAAUUCUCUUGGGAGGUAAUACGGUCGGCAUUUGAUUGUGAGGUAUUCUAGGUUGGGUGAACAAAAGGACUUGAGUUUCUGUACGUUAUCACAAUCACACCAUGAGUAUUUAAACAUGAAACAUACACCACCGCCUUUCAUCUUCCCAGAGAGUUCUUUAUUCCUGUCUGCGCAAUGUACUGAGAACCCAGCUGGCUGUAUGGACGGGGACAGUAUAUCCGGAGAGAGCCAUGAUUCCGUGAAACAGAGUAUGUUACAGUCCCUGAUGUCUCUCUGGAAGGAGAUCCUUGCCCUGAGCUCGUCUACUUUAUUGUCCAGAGACUGAACAUUAGCGAGUAAUAUACUCGGUAGCGGUGGAUGGUGUGCAUGCCUCCUGAGUCGGACUAGAAGUCCACUCCGAAUACCUCUUCUCCGCCGGCGGCAUCUUGGAGCAGCCUCUGGGAUAAGUUCAAUUGCCCUGGGGGGUACGAACAAAGGAUCCAAUUCGGGAAAGUCGUAUUCCUGGUCAUAAUGCUGGUGAGUUACCGUUGCUCUGAUAUCCAAAGUUAUUUCUGGCUGUAUGUAAUAACACAAAAAACGUUCUGGCCUAAUAAUGUAAGAAAUAACACACAAAAAAAACAAAAUACUGCAAAGUUGCUUAGGAGCUAGAAGCAGAGCUGCCAUGUCUGUCGGCGCCAUCUUUAUUGUUGCACAUAAGGGUAUCGUUGGUUCUUCAUUAUUACAUUAACAGAUGCAACACAACUUACAGUAAAUGGAAAGUACAGUGCUCUUUUGUUGAUAAACAGAUACAAACACACACACUUAAUCACGCAUCGUCACUGGCCCCUAAAUUCAAUUAUAGCAACCAGACCCUCAACGACAGAUAAACAAAAAAGCUAUUUGAGGAAUAUGGUUUAUCACUGGAACAUUUAUUUUAAUGAUGACAUAUAGGAAAACAAAUAUAGCUGGACAGAUCGGUGGUGGAUGAGGUGAAUUCCCCUCAUACCAAUGUAAAGCAAUUUGAUCACUUGGAAAAUUAUUUCCAAUAAUCCAAUCUACUAUUAUUAGUAGCACUAUUCAAGCCAAUUGAAACAUCAUCAUCAACAAUGCCCAUUACACUUUCAGUUACAUGUGUUUAAUUUUUCGUCUACAACACACCCUGGAGCAUAAACACCUGAGAACAGCAACAUUAGUCACCAGAAUCAGCAGAACAGCAGCUUGAAGGAAUGCCAUGGCAUCCACAGUGGUAGAAGUACCAAGGCAAUCUGUAGGACUCAUUACCUGAUCCCUGUGCAGCUAGGAGAGCCUCUUUAUGUUCUCCCUGUAGGAUGGCUCAUGCAGAACUUUGUGUAUUCGGAAUGCAUGUUAAGGGGCAAUAAUGCGCUCAGAUUUUGAGUAAACGCGCUGAUUGGUUAUCACACACAUUUGUUUUUCCAGUGGGGUUGAGACCACUCUCUGUUUAGAUUUGAAGGGUCAUUCUCCAAAUUCUGUGGCUUUUCAAAUAAAAUAAAAUAAAAUAAAAUUUUAUUUGCCACAUGCGCCGAAUACAACAGGUGUAGACAUUACCGUGAAAUGCUUACUUACAGCCCUUAACCAACAAUGCAUUUAUUUUUAAAUAAAAAAGUAAAUAAAACAACAACAAAAAGUUGUUGAGAAAAAAGAGCAGAAGUAAAAUAAAAUAACAGUAGGAAGGCUAUAUACAGGGGGGUACCGGUGCAGAGUCAAUGUGCGGGGGCACUGGCUAGUUGAGGUAAUAUGUACAUGUGGGUAGAGUUAAAGUGAGUAUGCAUAAAUAAUUAACAGAGUAGCAGCAGCGUAAAAAUAUGGGGUGGGGGUGGGGGGGCAGUGCAAAUAGUCCGGGUAGCCAUGACUAGCUGUUCAGGAGUCUUAUGGCUUGGGGGUAGAAGCUGUUGAGAAGCCUUUUGGACCUAGACUUGGCACUCCGGUACCGCUUGCCGUGCGGUAGCAGAGAGAACAGUCUAUGACUAGGGUGGCUGGAGUCUUUGACAAUUUUGAGAGCCUUCCUCUUACACCACCUGGUAUAGAGGUCCUGGAUGGCAGGAAGCUUGACCCCAGUGAUGUACUGGGCCGUACGCACUACCCUCUGUAGAGCCUUGCGGUCAGAGGCCAAGCAGUUGCCAUACCAGGCGGUGAUGCAACCAGUCAGGAUGCUCUCGAUGGUGCAGCUGUAUAACUUUUUGAGGAUCUGAGGACCCAUGCCAAAUCUUUUCCGUCUCCUGAGGGGGAAUAGGCUUUGUCGUGCCCUCUUCAUGACUGUCUUGGUGUGUUUGGACCAUGAUAGUUCGUUGGUGAUGUGGACACCAAGGAACUUGAAGCUCUCAACCUGUUCCACUACAGCCCCCUCUUUGAGGGCCAUGAAGUAAGGGCUGAGCUCUUUCCUUAACUCAGUUUGAGCAUGAAUCAUUGAGCAACAGGACCAGUAGAUGUCCAGAUUAGAGUGGGUUGGCAACAUCAGUUAUUGAGGUAUUUCCCAUGGAAUGUUUGAACAGGCUGCACAAUUUGUAUCAAUAGAUAGGUCAACCUAGUAGGAAAUAAGGUUCUAGGGAACAUAAAUUCCUAUGGAAAUGUUGUAACAUCUUCUGCAUUAAUGAAGCUCUCAACCUGUUCCACUACAGCCCCGUCGAUGAGAAUGGGGGCGUGCUCAGUCCUCUUUUUUUCCCUGUAGUCCACAAUCAUCUCCUUUGUCUUGGUCACGUUGAGGUAGAGGUUGUUAUCCUGGCACCACACAGCCAGGUCUCUGACCUCCUCCCUAUAGGCUGUCUCAUCGUUGUCGGUGAUCAGGCCUACCACUGUUGUGUCGUCGGCAAACUUAAUGAUGGUGUUGGAGUCGUGCCUGGCCAUGCAGUCAUGGGUGAACAGGGAGUACUACUACAUGUUUUCAACAAUGCAUACAGUGGGGAAAAAAAGUAUUUAGUCAGCCACCAAUUGUGCAAGUUCUCCCACUUAAAAAGAUGAGAGAGGCCUGUAAUUUUCAUCAUAGGUACACAUCAACUAUGACAGACAAAAUGAGAAAAAAAAAUCUAGAAAAUCACAUUGUAGGAUUUUUUAUGAAUUUAUUUGCAGAUUAUGGUGGAAAAUAAGUAUUUGGUCAAUAACAAAAGUUUCUCAAUACUUUGUUAUAUACCCUUUGUUGGCAAUGACACAGGUCAAACGUUUUCUGUAAGUCUUCACAAGGUUUUCACACACUGUUGCUGGUAUUUUGGCCCAUUCCUCCAUGCAGAUCUCCUCUAGAGCAGUGAUGUUUUGGGGCUGUCGCUGGGCAACACAGACUUUCAAUUCCAGGUUGAGAUCUGGAGACUGGCUAGGCCACUCCAGGACCUUGAAAUGCUUCUUACGAAGCCACUCCUUCGUUACCGGGCGGUGUGUUUGGGAUCAUUGUCAUGCUGAAAGACCCAGACACGUUUCAUCUUCAAUGCCCUUGCUGAUGGAAGGAGGUUUUCACUCAAAAUCUCACGAUACAUGGCCCCAUUCAUUCUUUCCUUUACACGGAUCUGUCGUCCUGGUCCCUUUGCAGAAAAACAGCCCCAAAGCAUGAUGUUUCCACCCCCAUGCUUCACAGUAGGUAUGGUGUUCUUUGGAUGCAACUCAGCAUUCUUUGUCCUCCAAACACGACGAGUUGAGUUUUUACCAAAAAGUUAUAUUUUGGUUUCAUCUGACCAUAUGACAUUCUCCCAAUCCUCUUCUGGAUCAUCCAAAUGCACUCUAGCAAACUUCAGACGGGCCUGGACAUGUACUGGCUUAAGCAGGGGGACACGUCUGGCACUGCAGGAUUUGAGUCCCUGGCGGCGCAGUGUGUUACUGAUGGUAGGCUUUGUUACUUUGGUCCCAGCUCUCUGCAGGUCAUUCACUAGGUCCCCCCGUGUGGUUCUGGGAUUUUUGCUCACCGUUCUUGUGAUCAUGUUGACCCCACGGGGUGAGAUCUUGUGUGGAGCCCCAGAUCGAGGGAGAUUAUCAGUGGUCUUGUAUGUCUUCCAUUUCCUAAUAAUUGCUCACACAGUUGAUUUCUUCAAACCAAGCUACUUACCUAUUGCAGAUUCAGUCUUCCCAGCCUGGUGCAGGUCUACAAUUGUGUUUCUGGUUUCCUUUGACAGCUCUUUGGUCUUGGCCAUAGUGGAGUUUGGAGUGUGACUGUUUGAGGUUGUGGACAGGUGUCUUUUAUACUGAUAACAAGUUCAAACAGGUGCCAUUAAUACAGGUAACGAGUGGAGGACAGAGGAGCCUCUUAUAGAAGAAGUUACAGGUCUGUGAGAGCCAGAAAUCUUGCUUGUUUGUAGGUGACCAAAUACUUAUUAUCCUACAAUGUGAUUUUCUGGAAUUUUUUUUCUCAUUUUGUCUGUCAGUUGACGUGUACCUAUGAUGAAGAUUACAGGCCUCUCUCAUCUUUUGAAGUGGGAGAACUUGCACAAUUGGUGGCUGACUAAAUACUUUUUUCCCCCACUGUAACAAAUAACUAGAUGCAGUAUAAAGACAAAAAGUAUAAAGAACUUGUGUUAUUGACUUGUUGAACUUGUUGAGGGGGGACCGGUAACCACAGACUGUCAAAAUUAUCUAAAUGUCUAUGUACUGUAUAUGUGAGAAAAGUAGUUGUUAUUGACAUUUGUUUCCCAUCCAUUAGGUAAAGUGUAAAGCAGCGGUGACUUUCUUCCAGUACUGUGUCUUGGCCAACUUCUUCUGGCUUCUCGUAGAGGGCUUGUACCUGCAAACUCUGCUGGUUUUCACCUUUGCUCAGAAGAGAAAGCUCUUCUGGUUGUACACUGGCAUAGGCUGGGGUAAGGUGUGUGUGUGUGUAUUUGUGUUUGUGAGCGUCUGUGCAUGUGUGUGUGUUUAUAUGACUGUACAUUCCAUUUCUUCCAGGCACUCCCUCAGUGAUCAUCAUAAGUUGGACCCUGCUGAAGAUUCAGUUUGACAAUGAAGGGUGAGGCUUGUGAAUAACUAGAAUAGUUAUUUGGUUGUCUACAUUAGACAUAAUUACAUGUACUACUUGUGAAAGUAUCAAUAUUCCUUUAUGGAAGUAAGUGAAAAGGGCAAAUAAAGGGGCCCAAACAAGGGUGAGAAAAGAGAAAAGACUGACAUAUUGAAUGUGAUCGUGUAGUACUGUAAGUCAUCAACAGUAUUCCAGCAUUAUAACAUCUCUGCCCAACAGGUGCUGGGACAACCUUGACAGUGCCUUGUGGUGGAUCAUCAAAACUCCCAUCCUCUUAUCUGUCUUUGUAAGACCAAAAAAACACUUAUCUGAAAAGUCAAUAAGAGGGUUGAGACUUGGUAUCAAACCACUGUUUUUCUCAACCACAGAUCAACUUCGUGGUGUUUGUGAACAUCAGUAGGAUCAUCAUUCAGAAGACCAAGGCCACUGACCUGAAUGGAAGUGAGGGACUUCAGGUCUACAGGUAAGACUGACUGACCGUUCAUGAGCGCUGAACUGGUAGCAUGCACAAAAUAAAAGGGCUUGCUCAUCUUACCCACUGGCUUGACUUACCAUGUUCCUCCCAUAUGUGGAUAGAGUGACUCUGAAUUGGGUAGGAUUUCAAACGGGUCAAACUUCCCCAGUGUAUUGUAUCGUAAUUAACAUAAUCUGGAUCCAGGAAGUUCCUCUUUAUCUCUCCCUCCUUACUUUCUUCUCCCCCCUACCCCUCCACACCACACUUCCUGUCUCGCUUCUCAUGUUUAUCUCCUCUCUAUUUUCCAACCUUGCUUGUCUCUCUCUCCUGUCUCGCUCUCACUUCUCAUAUGUUUAUCUCUCUAUUUCCCAUCCCUCCCUCUCUCUUUCUCUCCUCUGGUGCCCCCUGCAGGAGGCUGGCGAGGUCCACCCUGCUUCUCAUCCCUCUGUUUGGCGUGCACUAUGUGGUCUUCGCCCUCUUACCUGAGCAUGUGGGUGUAGGGGCCCGACUCUCCCUGGAACUGGUCCUGGGCUCCUUCCAGGUACGAGAGCCUUUUAGACCGAGUGGUUCUCCAACCCAGCACUGGGACCCCUAUAUAUGCAGGUUUUCAAUAUUAAAUUGAUCUGAUAUCCAUAUUAUUAAUAAUUUAACAGAUUCAUACCUCAUAAUUACCUCAAAAGGAAAGGUUUGAAUGAAAACUGGCACAAAAUGUCAUAGGUCACCUCUGCUACUUAUUGCCUUCUGAAAAUACGUGUUUUUCCCUCAUAAAGGGAUGAAAAUAUAAAAAUAGUGAACGACUAUUCAUUCGGCUUCAUUUCAUUACAGGGGUUUAUAGUUGCAUUGUUGUACUGCUUCUUGAAUGGGGAGGUAAGAUAUGCCAUUCUGUUAACCCUGUGAAGUAUUUAAUUAAUCAUAAUUACAUUUACAACAAAUAAUAGGCUACAAAUUGAAAAACUUUAUUGUUUUGUUUUUUCAGGUACAAAAUGAAAUUCGAAAGGCAAUGAAGGGGUGUCGUUCUCAGACAGAAAACAAUGCCUUCAAUCUGGCAACCCAGGACUAUGUAGCCUAG